AUGGUGAUAAGUCCCCACUGGCCCCCCUCCGCUUGCCCCCCUCCCCCUGCUAAGUGUUACUCCAGAAUUGUGUCCUGCAGGAUUACUGACCGCACAUGCAGAGUGAGCAUCUUCCGGCGCCUCAGAAAUCUUCGGGUCUUCUUCCUUCCCUCUGCAAUUUCCCUCAUUUUUUGCACAUGCGCGGUUGUCACAAACCGGAAGAUUUCUCUAACAGCGCUCACUUAAUCCUCAACUGUGCGAUUCUUCAAGGGGACCCCGGAGUGCGCUGUCACAACGUGUGGUUUGCUGUAAGUGUCUUCUUAGUGACAAACUGAGGGCAGUGGCACCCGGGUCACAACGUGGAUGGGACUGUGAACAGACCUGCGUAAGAUGCUUCUUCAAACCAACCUCUUAUGUGCUUGCCUUAUGCUGAUGGGGGGUCUAGGGGAAUCCGUGUUCCCAGAAGAGGCUGUGCCAAUUAGCAAGGCUGGAGUUGAAUACCUUCAGACAUACCCAGUGUUCUUAGGAAAAGGCCCCAGCAAGACAGCUGAGAGGAAAAGAGAUCGUCUUAACAUUCAAAAAAUAUUCAUGGUGAACAGAACACUGUAUAUCGGUGACAGGGAUGCUUUGUAUCAAAUCAUGUUGGAUUCUUACAACACAGAGCUGCAGUAUCAUAAGAAAUUAAUCUGGAAAUCAAAUCACCAAGACAUUAAUGUAUGUCGGAUGAAAGGAAAGCAGGAGGACGAGUGCAGGAACUUUGUGAAGGUUCUUCUUUUGAGAGACUACCAAACUUUGUUCAUUUGUGGAACCAAUGCUUUCAACCCAGUGUGUGCUGACUACAGUACUGACACUCUGGAGCAGGUUGGAGACACUAUUAGUGGAAUGGCACGAUGUCCAUAUGAUCCCAAACAUGCAAAUGUUGCUCUAUUUGCAGAUGGAAUGCUCUUCACUGCUACAGUAACAGAUUUCCUGGCUAUAGAUGCUGUUUUGUAUCGCAGCCUUGGCCCAAGUCUAGCUCUACGCAGUGUAAAACAUGACUCCAAAUGGUUCAAGGAUCCAUAUUUUAUUCAUGCAGUGGAAUGGAGAGAGCACGUGUAUUUCUUUUUCACGGAGGUUGCAAUGGAGUUCAACUACCUUGAGAAGGUAGUGGUAUCCCGUGUUGCACGUGUGUGUAAAAAUGACAUGGGAGGGUCACAGCGUGUUUUGGAAAAGCAAUUCUCUUCCUUCUUGAAGACUCGUUUAAACUGUUCUGUCCCUGGAGAUUCUCAUUUUUACUUCAAUGUCAUCCAAACAGUCAGCAAUAUCCUGAACAUUGGUGGAAGGCAUGUUGUUUUGGCACUUUUUUCCACUCCAACAAAUAGUAUUCCUGGAUCAGCUGUCUGCCUGUUUGACAUGGAACAAAUAGCAUCUGUUUUUUCUGGCCGAUUUAGGGAACAGCGCACUCCAGACUCUGUCUGGACUGCUGUCCCAGAAGAGCUGGUACCAAGGCCCCGCCCAGGAUGCUGUGUCGGAAACUCACAGCCUUAUAACUCCUCACGCAGUCUCCCUGAUGAAGUGCUGAACUUUGUAAAGUCUCAUCCACUAAUGGAAGAUUCUGUUCCAUCAGUUGGUGGCUUUCCAUGGAUUACAAGGACUAUGACACGGAAUCAACUGACUCACCUAGCUGUGGAUGCAUCCUCUGGAGUUCAUGGAAACCAGACUGUACUAUUUCUUGCCUCAGACUCCGGAACUGUCUUUAAGUAUCUACUGGUGCCAAAAAUGAGUGAAUCUGAGAAAGGCACCUCAGUAAAUAAAACUGUACUGUUGGAAGAACUGCAGACAUACCCUGCAAACAGAUGUGGUUGGGGUGAAGAGGACCAGAGAAUUAUUGGCUUAGAAGUGGAUAAAGGCUCUGGAUCCCUGCUUUUGGCCUAUAGCAGCUGUAUAGUUAAAGUGCCACUUGCCCGCUGCCAGAGACAUGAUGGGUGUAUCAGAAGCUGCCUGGGGACACGUGAUCCAUACUGUGCAUGGGACCCUGUAAACAAACUUUGCACAUUUACUCCACAAGGAAUCAGGGGCAGAUAUGAGCAAGACCUUAAUGGAUCAUGGACCUCUGAACUUGGGGACUGCGAGGGCCUGGUAACACAGAAUUUUGUUGAGCAGAGGGGAGAGGAGAUAUCUGUCAAUGUCCUGGUUGUCUCAUCUGUAGCAGCAUUUGUAGUAGGAGCCAUGCUUUCAGGGCUAGGAGUGUGCUGGGCAAGUUCACAGAGGAAUAAAAAGCUACAGUGCCGACACAGAGAGCUGGACACUAGUCUGAUGCAGGGAGGUUCUGUGCAGAGUGUGAGCCGAGAACUGGGCCAACCAGAACACGACCCUCUUCUUACUUCUUUGAUACAGCGUAAUUGGAACCCAGGACGUAGCAAGGAACAUACUGGUGGUAUUCCUCCAACCCCUGAGCAGACACCUCAACAGCACAAAAAAAGCAUUAGCACUCAUGAAUAUAUUUCUCACUCCUUGCAGGACCCAAAUAUCAUCCUAACACAACCAGAGACACCCCCACUCUUAACUAAACACAUGCUAUCAAAAGGAGAGCAUGGUCCACAAGACCAAUGUUAUUUGCAACCUCAUGAAGAAGAUUCCCUGUACUUGCCUCUGCAUGGAGGAGAUUGCUUAUAUUUACGCCAACAUGGAGAGGAACCCUGCUUUAUGACCCAGCACAGAGAUGACAUUCGCUUUAUUCCCCCAAGUGUAGAGGGGAAACGAUAUUUAUCCCAGCAUGGGGACAACCCUUGCUAUGUGCCUUCACAUGGAGAAGAAACACGAUAUUUGCCUCAACAUACUGAAGAGACACACUAUCAGCCCUCACAGGAGCAGGACAGCAAUUAUUUUUCCCUGGAUGUGCCCUCCAAAUCAUGGACAUCCAGUGAACGUAGACGAGUGGUGUCUGCCCCAACAUGUGAAAGGUUUUACCAGCCAACUUCUCAUGAUAAUCUUCUGCGACCACCGUAUCUGAAAAGAAACCUGACUUUUAAUAGCGGGGAGCGCUGGUCCCAUUCCCGUCAUAACUUCUACACAAGGCCAACAUAUACCCGCAAUGGGACUUCUAACUCUGAUUUGAGGCUAAAUUUGCAUUUUGGGAUGCCGAGGACCCCAACAGCACAGUGACACAAAACAUUUAUUUGAAGCAUACAGGCAAUCAUAUAUGAUAUCAUGGAUUCUUCCUCAUCCACAAUCAGUGUCGGACUGGGAUGCCAAGGGGCCCACCAGAAAACCUUAGACCGUGGGCCCACUUCCCAAACUAUUA